AUGAGUACUGAAAACGUAUCGCCUGUCCUAAAUCUAGAAAAAUGUACUGUAAUUUUACUCGAUGUUGCCGGCACCACCACAUCACAUAGCUACGUAAAGGAUACCCUUCUGACAUUUGUGUCCAAACAAGCUGAAGAGUAUCUGAAGACCAACUGGGAUGAAAGUUCUGUCAAAGAGGCAGUCAAAGCUCUGAAAGAUGAUUCUCUUGAUCUUGCCGCCGCAAGCUCUCUAGUCAAGGAGCUCUCUGAGAAAAACGACGAAAAUGUGGGACUGAAAACCAUUCAAGGGCUGAUCUACAAGAGCGGAUAUGACAGCGGUGAUCUCAAAGCACACGUUUUCUCCGAUGUCCCCUCUUGCCUUGAGUCGUGGGCAAAAACCCGCAAAAUCGCCAUUUUCUCUACCGGCAGUGUGGAAUCUCAAAAACUGCUGUUCUCACACACUACAGAGGGUGACAUAUCAGCACAUAUCUCCAGUUAUUUCGACCAAACCGUCGGCAAAAAGACGGAAGCCAGCAGCUAUGAAAAAAUCGCCAAGGAAUUGGAGGUCAAGCCAGAAGAAAUCUUGUUUGUCACUGAUCUAGUUGCAGAGGCGGAAGCGGCUAAAUCCGCAGGAUUGUUGACAGCCAUCAUUGCCCGAGAAGGCAACGAAAAGUUGCCGGAAGACGCCGCUAAGGAAUAUCCCGUCUUCAAGAGCUUCGAAGAUUUCGUUUUCGAAAAAGCGGCCAAACGCAAAAACGAAGAGGCCGCCGCCACAGAGGAGCAACCUCCCUCGAAAGUCGCUAAGACUGAAGAAGUGAAACCAGCCAAAGAAGAGCCUGCAGAGGAAAAACCAUCAGAAGAGGCCAAACCAGCAGAAAAAUCUGCUGAGGCAGCACCAUCUGUGGAGCAAAUCGAGGAUGAAGCUAUGGAGGUUGACGCCCACGAAAAAACUGAAGAGAAAGUGGCUCAACCAGCUACGUCAGAGAAGGCCGUUGAACCGACAAAAGAACCAGUACCAGAAACCACUGCUAAACCUGCUGAGCAAACCGAAACUGAAAAACCGACUAAAACUGUAUCAGCCCCUGAAAAGACUGAAGAAAAGCAAGCUGAAUCCAAGACUGAAGAGAAAAUAGAAAAACCACAGACUGAAGCCAAACCAGAAGUAGAAUCCACAAUGGAAUGUGACGAAGUUGCAGAAAAAAUCGAGAAAAAUGUCGAAAAAGUUGAAGAAAAAACGGAAGUAAAAAAAGUUGAGGAAACAGACAAAGAAAAACCAAAAGAAGCUAGCAAAUCUGCAGAAAACAAAGAAACUGUUGUUGAAGAAGACAAAAUCUGUGAUAAACCAGUAGAAGAAAAGAAAGUAGAAGUUGAAACAAAAACAGUAGAAGAUAAAGUAACUGAAAACAAAGAAAAAACGAUAGAGGUAGCUUCUGAACCAACUGAGACAAAUUCCAAGAGCCAGGAAGAAAACAAAACAGAAGCUGCCAAAGUAGAGGACACCAAACCAGAAAUAGAAGAAAAGAAAGCUGAAGAAACUAAACCAGAAGCUGCUAAAGCAGAAGAACCCAAACCAGAAGCUGCUGAAGUAAAAGAAGCUAAACCAGAAGAUGCUAAAUUAGAAGAAGUUAAACCAUCAGAAGCUGCAAAAAAAGAAGAAACCAAACCCGAAAAAGAAACCUCAACUGUUGAAAAAAGUAAACCCGUUGAGGAAAGUAAGACAGCACCAGCAGAAAAUGGAACAGAGAAAACAGAGAAUGGUACUUCAGAAGAAGAGACGAAGGUAGUCGAGAAGGAGAAGGAGAACAAAAGCGAGAUGGCGAAUGGCAUCGAGAAAGAAACGACCAAUGGCGUCGCCGAUGAAGAAAAACAGAACGGUGAAAAGGAAGAAUCGUCCAGCAAUGUAGAAGAAAUCAAAGCGAAGAAAAUGGAAGAGCCUUCUGCCGAAAGUGCUCCCCCUGUAAGUGUGGAGGUUUAA